CUCCUCUCGACUCAACAAUCUCUUCCAUUAAAUAAAACCCUUUCCAAUCUCUCUCUCCGUGAAACCGUAUCUUACACUUCUUAUCUUAUCUACACCAGCCAUAAAUACGGUUCUUCAUACGUGGUUGCUCAGCUAAACGGACAGUGGUGGUUGGAUCGCCGAUCAGAUCAGGUGAGAUAAUGGCUGAGGAUAAGUACAAUUUGAAGAAUCCGGCCGUGAAGAGGAUUUUGCAGGAGGUCAAAGAGAUGCAAUCUAAUCCUUCUGAUGAUUUCAUGAGCCUGCCUCUUGAGGAGAACAUAUUUGAAUGGCAAUUUGCCAUCAGGGGCCCUAGUGAUACUGAAUUUGAGGGUGGGAUUUAUCAUGGACGGAUUCAAUUGCCUGCAGAAUAUCCAUUCAAACCGCCUUCAUUUAUGUUGUUGACACCAAAUGGCCGUUUUGAAACCCAGACAAAGAUAUGCUUAAGCAUAUCAAAUCACCAUCCUGAGCACUGGCAGCCAUCAUGGAGUGUACGAACAGCUCUGGUAGCUCUUAUUGCAUUCAUGCCUACCAAUCCAAAUGGUGCGCUGGGCUCAUUAGACUACAAGAAGGAAGAGAGACGUGUUCUGGCCAUCAAAUCUCGUGAAGCAGCCCCUAGAUUUGGGACUUCCGAGCGUCAAAAACUCAUUGAUGAGAUUCAUCAGUAUAUGCUAAGCAAGGCACCGCCAGUUCCUCAACUAAGCCCUUCUCAGGAUUCUGAAGAACAACCUACCAACAGGGAGGGUGAAGCCCAGUCAAGUUUGCAAGAAGAUGGAGCCAUAGCUGCACAUCCAAAUGAACAUCUGGCAGUAGGUGAUAGAAUUAUCCAAGAAGUGCCCGAGGCUCCAGUCAUUGUGAAUCCUGGCACUAUAGAAGUGAGGGUAUCAAGAGAGACUCCUGCUAGUGGUUCAAGUGAUCAGGUGCUGCAUAGGCCAGAGAAAAGGGCUCAAAGACCAGCUGAUGAUCGCUUGUUCACAUGGGCUGCUGUUGGACUCACCAUUGCAAUUGUGGUUCUUUUGCUGAAGAAGUUCAUGAAAUCCAGUGGACAUGGUGCUCUGUUCAUGGAUGGAUCAUAAAGCAGUGGUACUCAUCUAGAUUGGGACAAUUUUUAAGUUAUAUUUAUAGGGAGGAAAAAUAUGAAUAAACAAAACAAAAAGGAGGAAGGAAUUUUUCUACCAAGAUCAUUAUCUAUAUUGGUAUAAUUUGUAAUUAUAUAUUAUAACGUGUUCGGUUAUUUUAAUUAAUAAUGUAGAUGAGCGACUUGUUUGC